AUGUUCACCUCCUUCGAAUACAAGUGUGUUAACCAACCUGACAGUCAUACAUUCAUUUCGCUGUAUUUCUCAUCUUUCAAUCAUCACCUGCUUUUUCUCAUCGGUCCUGACCGAGGUAGCGAGAUUGGUGCCAAGUGCAGUCGACGGCAGACGAGCAACGAGGGCGUGGCCAUCGAGCAGGCGCUCAAUGUUGCUUUCGUCGAUGCCUCUGAACUCCUUCUUCACCUUUCUCAUCGUCCACCACCACCGCCAUCGCCGACGAUGACGACACGAUUGAUGUGUAGUCCGCAAUUUUAUGUCCGUACCGCCGUAUAUCCAUAUAUCUCUUUCUUUUGA